CUCGCAAUCAGAUCAUUUGUCAGAAUGAAUGAUUACAUCGCCAAUCUGCACAGGAUAUUGAUCCACAUGUUAUGUCAUGGGCGUACGUAGAUCCUUUUUAUUCAGUUUGAGACAUCUGCCAACAAUCAUGAUAUAGCCCCGGAAAAAGCUUCGAUUGAUAUUUUGUAACUGAGCUUUUAACAAUCAUCAUUUGGAGCAUUGCUUCGACUAUCCCACAGCCAUCAGGAUGAUACAGAGUAGGCUGAUCACAUUAGUGUAUCUAUUGCAAUUGGUCGUACUGACGCAAUGCUGUUGUAUUCCCAAAUUGGGUAUCGGACGUAACGAUAAGCCAGAAAGAAAGAGUAAGCUUUAUAACGCCACAAAACAACAAGAAUUGCUUAAAACUGAAACAGCAAAACAACAAAAAUUUCAAUCACAAGCAAACGAUUUACGAAAGACAUCCAAAAAUCCAUUUUCAAACGAACGUAAGAUGGCACGUAAAUUUAGUAAGAAUGCAAAGAUCUCCGAAAACAAUAUCAAAGAAAUCAAAAAGUUACCUCAAACAGGUGGAUAUGCAAUCGUUCAAAAAACGAAAAGCGGAAGCAAUGCAAAAAUAAAGGCAUGGCAAGAUCCAACUUGAGGCCCUUCUUGAUUGACAUCAUUUUUACGCCUUGCCAUUCCUUUCAUGGCACUUUUUUCCCGUCGAUGGGGCUGAAUUGGUGCGAUGUUAGAGGUAAUAAUGCGGCUUAAAUGUAAUGCGUUUGAAUACACAAGAUAAGGUCAGCUAAACAUAUAAAAGUCCUCGACAACUUCAAUGAUUAAUCUGAUUGCUUCCCACCAUCAAAGGAGCUUUCCUUUACGUCUCUUAUCUUUUUCUGAUCUUUUGUCUUCUAUGUUUUGAUAUCUGUCUUCCAUCUCUGUUAUUGCCAAC